CGCUAGCUAUAUGCACGAUCGACGAACGGAUCGGAUGAGGAAAAAAUGACAGAAAGCUCAUCAGAGCAAUCUCGCUGGCCUGGCGUACAAAUUCCAUACUCAUUCAAUGAAGAGCUCUGACUGGCCUUAACUAUCAGGGACCUCCACUUGUCAUUUUAGCCAUUUUAGCAUCUCAUAUCGCCUCAGUUUGAAGUAAUAAAUAUGCACACAGUUUGUGUCUCGGAAAUAUACAUUAUCUAGAAAAAUUGGAUCUAGUCUGAAUUAUUAGAUUUGAAGACGAUCGACGCCAUCUCAGAAGGAAAUGUGGAUGAAUGUUGGCCCAAUCCGUUGUGCACUGAUAUGAGUGGCAUCCAUUACGUCAUUAUACGCCCCUUGUGUGUGGUGGAUUUGAGCGCGGGAGGAGAGUUGUUAUUGAUGUUAUCCGUGCAAUCAAUCAUUCAUACCCGCUUGCGUCGACUGUCGAGCUAAUCAGACGCUCUUUAAGGAUUCUUCAUCAUCUCUUAUACUGGUUCCGUUGAACUAUUGCACAUUCAUUAAUGAGCAACAAUAGUCAGAAGAACGACUUGGAAGUUGGGUUGAUGGCGGAUACAGGGAAUGCUAACCAUCGGGCCAAUAACGACGGCCAGGUGGAAGUCAUUGGUGCCAACACUUCAGAAGAAGGUAUGGGCUGCUGUGGAUUUCUGCUUACCAUUCUCUCUUGGCUCAUAGUCAUAUGCACCUUGCCUUUCUCGCUCUUCAUCUGCAUAAAAGUGGUCCAGGAGUAUGAGAGAGCUGUAAUUUUCAGGCUUGGGCGGCUCCUGUCCGGUGGUGCCAAAGGCCCGGGUCUAUUCUUCAUCCUGCCCUGCAUCGAGGAUUACACCAAAGUCGACCUCCGGACCAUCUCCUUUGAUGUCCCCCCUCAGGAGAUCCUCACCAAGGAUUCGUUGACCAUUUCUGUGGAUGCGGUGGUGUUCUUCCGUGUCCAGAAUGCAACCAUCAGCAUUGCCAAUGUGGAAGAUGCCAACAAGUCUACCAGGCUUCUGGCUCAGACGACCCUCCGGAAUGUCCUGGGCACCAAGAACCUGGCAGAGAUCCUGUCCGACCGGGAGGGUAUCAGCCAGUACAUGCAGUCCAACCUCGAUGAGGACACAGAUCCUUGGGGAAUUAAAGUGGAACGAGUAGAGAUCAAGGAUGUCCGUCUGCCUGUUCAGCUCCAGAGAGCCAUGGCUGCGGAGGCCGAAGCCUCCAGGGAGGCUAGGGCAAAGGUCAUUGCUGCAGAGGGAGAGCAGAAUGCUUCCAGGGCUCUUAAGGAAGCUGCUGACACCCUUGCUGAAUCUCCUGCAGCUUUGCAGCUAAGAUAUCUUCAAACCCUCAACACAAUCUCUGCAGAGAAGAACUCUACUAUCAUCUUCCCUCUCCCAAUUGAUCUCCUCAACAGCUGGGUGAAAUAGCCGUGAAUUCCUCAUAAGUAUCCAGGAAUCUUGUGAGCAUCUGUGACUAUCAUUUUCUGGUACCUUUACUUUUGUAAAUAGACCCAAUCGUUUAAGAUUCUUUCAAAACCUUUUAAAAAUGACAUGAGGAUAGUAAUGGAGGAGCAGCCACAAGUAAAUUAUUUCAAUACAAUCUUUAACUACAACCUUAAUAGUUUUUGAUAAAUUCUCCUUUAUAAUAUAUUUUCUUUGAAAUAUUUCAAAAGUCUUUCCUUUUGCCGUUUUUUUUUACAUGACGGCCUUGAAAUUUGAUAGUUCAUUUAACCCUCUUUUCCCUUCUAAUUGCCUAAACUAAAUCCAUUCUCGUGUAAGCUUGUAUACGCCAUGCAUAGUGCAUUAGGUGUUUAUCAAUAACAUAUCGUUGUUAAAACAGAAAUAUGAUUAUGUUAUUUUCAACCUCUAGAAAUGAUUUUUAUAUCUGUACUGGUCAUGCGCUUAACGACGUAUACAUUCAUUUUCUGUGUAAUUAAUGAAUCGUUUUGCAUGUGUAUAAGCCAAGAACAUUUUGAAAUCACAUACGUGUAUUUGUCUCUUCAUGAAAGCGCUUCUCAUUCUUUACUCUUUGUAAGAAGACGAUGUCAUCUAAUUAACGAUAAUCCACACAUUAUCCGGGCACAUUUUUUAUACAAAAAUGGAAGGAUUGAAAGAAUGUAACUUUUCUACGCUGUAUAUGCAUUUCAUUAAAAAAAGGUAUGUUGCUGUGUAUACUGAAUGUAAUUCAUUAUUGUGAACUCAGUGACGAAAUGCUCAUUUAUUCAACUUUAUUUCAAAAGUAUGUAAUAUAUUCUCUUCACUGUACAUGAACAUUUGCACAAAAAUUAUUAAAAUUAAGUAUUUAGCAUGUUCAUAUGUACAAUUUUUCAAAAAUAUAUAUAUUUCCCAUUCAGAGUGAGACAAUAAUGAAAAUGAUAACUUUGCACGCAUGCAGGCUCUCGUGAUCAUCCUUUUACAAAAGGGGAAGCAGCCCUUUCUGUUAUGCCAAAGUUUUUGGAACGAGUUGGUAGCUUUUUUUCCCACCCUAGCUCGCCUUGGACGGGGAAUUACUGGGGGGGGGGGGCAAUCGGAUUUGGAAAGGUAAGGGCCGCAUAUACCACUGCUGCCAUUAUACAUGAGUGCCCCCACCCCGGGCGGGGAAGGGGCUUAAGCUAAUCCCCUGCCUGCUUUAGGUAUACUGUAUAUGUAUAUAAAAUUAUGUUCUCUUUUACUUCAAUGUAUUGUAUGCUUUAACAAUGAUAUUUUCAUUUAUUUCAUUAAACUUCUUGCCGAUUUAGAUUUACAUGUUAAAUCUAUGCAAAAAAAAAGAAAAGAAUUAGACUUACUAGUUUGACAUUUCAUUUUUGUCACUCGCCUGGCUCGCCCGCAAGAUAUAAGGAUUCAUGCUUAAGUUGAUACUUGGCCGUUACCGAUUCUUUGUGUCAUUAUGAACCACCGGUCAUAAAAACACACUUCAUAGUGUAGUUACAGUGAACCAAAAUUGUUUAAUACUUGCAGAAUGUAUAAAAGAUGAGUAAAAAGUACGAUUUAUACGUUGAUAGUAAACAAAAAAUAUAUCUGGACAGGUUGUUUUGUCUUGACAAGACUGUAAUCUCGAGAACGUGAGGUCAGUAUUUCAUUAUUUGAUUGAAAAUGAUGAUAUCAGACAACAGUACAAUGGACAUUAAUAUUCACAACUAUUUUUGCUAUUUAAUGCAUAGGUUUUGAGAAAGUCCUGAGGAAUCGAUGGUGCAUGUUUUUUUUUUUUAAAUCUGCUUCGGCGUCCGGACAAUUGGACCCCCCAUCCUAUCUACAUGUACUUAUAGAGAUUGUUUUACUUGCCAAGUUUGAAUAGUUUCCAUGAAAUUUCACAUUUGUAUAAAUCAACUAUUUUUAGAGCAUUGGAUGUAUAUUCCAAUGAAUUAAAACAUAAUUAUGAGGAGAUAUAAAAUGUACGUGAUUAUCCGAUUUGAUAGAAUUUGUAUAUACGUAAACCCAUAUUGUUUGUCAUGUCAUGUGUCAAUUUUCGUAUUUAUAAUGUUUAUUGAAUUUGUGAUAUUUUGGUUACCUUGUACUUUUAGUGUUUACCAAGUUAAAUUUGCUAUUUUGAUUAUAUUUAUGUCAUAUACACUCGUAAAAGUAAUUGCUUAUAAGAACUAUAAUGCGUUGGUGAAUCACGUUCCCGACCAAAAGAUGGUAAAAAUAAACCAAAUUAUUGGUGAGAAUAUUCUAAAAUUUCGAUUUACUUUGACCACUAAUUUAGGCUACACUCAUUCACCGGCGUAUUGGUUAGAUGAGGCACGAACAUGAACUCAAUUGGGUUUGGACUUUUCUGUAUGGUGUUGUGUAAACAUUUUAAUGGACGUUUCGAUAUGUUCGUAUUAAUUUUGUUUGCAUGUAGGCCUGAAGGGCGCAUAAUUCUAAGUGACUAACGGUCGAUGAAUUAAAUUAAAACCUUGUAUAUAUUAUAUUCCAAAAAUAUUGAUCAUAUCUCUUCCUAAUAUUUAUUGGGCUGGAUUUGAAAGCAUUCUAUCAGAGGCAGCGGAGCGGAAGGGAUUUGGGGUGGUUGAAGUCCCCCACCCCCUUCCGGUUCUGCGACAUAUUGUAUUUAUAAAGGAUGACGUGACCAACUUUAGGGGGAAAUUAUCGGUAGACCAAAUUUAUUUGUCUUUUGUGCUUUCUUUUGACAAGGUUUUCUCUACUGUAGGUCAAUAUAUUUUUUAUGACCCUGCACAUUUCAUUUGAAAUACUACGGUUGGUUGAUGGAAACAAAAUACUGACAAAUUUGCAAUAAUGAGAAUAAUAUGCUACAUUCUAGCAUUAUCCUCAUUAUUGCAAAAUAGAAUGAAGAGAAGAAAACACAGUAAGUCACGAAGAUAUUAAUAGCCAAAACAUCAUUAAUAUGCAAUCUUUUAAAACAAAGAAAAUAACAAGUAAAAAUGUUUAUUGUACACUUUAUAUUAUUGUAAUCAUGAUUUUUUUUUAAUAUUCAAGAUAAAACUCAUGUUGACAAAUAUACAUGGUCCGUGGUUCUAUUCCGAACGCAUGGCAGGUCAAUCAGAAACCUGCAAUUUAUUAAUAUUUAAGGGGACGUCACCCUGAAGAAAAGUACAUUGUAAAAAUACCAGAAAAAACAUAUUGGUGAGGUUUAUAGCAAAAAAUACAUUAAAUUUUAAGAAAGUUAUUUGAAUUUCAAGAUUUUGAUUUAUGACGUCAUACACGAGCAGCUGCCCGUUAUGUUAUAUAAUAAAAUGCAGAAUUUCAAUUUUUUUUUCAAUGGUCCGUAAUAACUAAAAAAAUCUCAACAUUCAAAUACAGUCAAAAUGGCAAGUUUGGAAUGAAGUCAAGUGAGGUUGUGCGCAUACAAUAUUGAGACAUAAAGCCUGUAAAGGCCUAGAGAUAUUAUUUUCAUGUUUCAAGUAUCUUAAACUUUUCUGGAUUAAAUAUGUCCAUUAAUAGGAAUCAGAAACCAUUACACUGCAAAAACUCCGGUAUUGAUUUAACACCAGCCCGGAAUCUCUGUCCACACCAGAGAAGUGUUAAAC